AUGAAAACAUACGAGGAAAUUGAUCUCACAGAGACCCCUUGUAUUUUCCCUCGGUGCGGACACUUCUUGACUAUUGAGAGUAUGGAUGGCCAAAUGGAUCUCAGAAAGCACUACAAGCUCGACGGGACUGAGAAACCAACCUCAAUAGCCUCAUCCUCUGAGCCCUUCUCCAUUGAAGAUAUCCGGACGUGCGCUACGUGUCGUGGAUCCUUGAGAAACAUCUCACGGUAUGGGAGACUCGUGAGACGUGCAAUGCUGGACGAAGCCACGAAGAAAUUCAUCUUGUAUGCAAACCAGGGAUAUGUACCCCUCGCCCAGAAGUUACCUGAUCUCUUAUCCGAGUUACAAAGCCGGACGCACACUAAGAGAGUCGCCAGCGGGGUGUUCCAAGGUGAUUCCGAGACUCGAAUUGAGGGCUCACCAGCACACCAGGUGUCGGUGAUGAGAAGUCUUAUCAACAAGUCUUUCAAACUACGCUGGCACGACUUAUUGGUCCUUCGUCGCAAAAUCACAGAGUAUCAAGCGAAGGUGAAGGCAGAAGAGCAGCCAUUUAACAGGGUUUGCAACAUGGUUAAGAACGCUCGUCAACGCAAGAUGACUUCUGGUCAAUUCACCUUUGACGAAAGCGUUCUCCAGACCAGGGGACAAAUCCAGGCCACCGCACUCCUACUUCGUCUUGACACAGCUUUACUAAGUGACUUUCUUCACUUAAAGAGCCUCAUUGGUGUAGACCAAACAGGACUGUUGCUUGAUUUGACGAAAAACAGGGCAGAGGCUCAGCGUCUUAUUGAUGAGGCAUCCAUCUCACAGCGCAUCUUGCAACAGGCUGAAGGAAACAUCUUCCUAGCCCAGCUGUAUGCACUCGAAAGCCAGCAUGUGAAGGAACCCUCAGUUUUCGGGCCUUUGCGAAGCGGCUGCAAUGCGGCUAUCGAAAAAGCACAAGUUCUCUGCGAUGAACACCCUACACUGACACGCGGUCUAUCUGAGGAGAUUGAGGGCACGAAAUCCAUGCUACAAGGUUCAUUCUACACACCAGUGAGUAAUGAAGAACGAAAGGCUGUGCUGGCUGCGAUGGCGACGGAGUUCAGGAGUACCGGUCAUUGGUAUUAUUGUGAAAAUAACCAUCCUUUUACUAUUGGGGAGUGUGGAGGUGCUAUGCAGCUAUCGAGGUGUCCGGAAUGUGGAGCGCCAGUUGGUGGCCAAAACCAUCUAACUACCGCUGGAGUGACUCAUGCUCAUGACCUAGAGCAAACGUUGAGAGAGAUGCAGAUUUGA